AUGGCCUCCCAGAACCAUGACCCAGCCACAGCCAGCGUUGUUACCACCCGAAAAGGGGCCACUCCUAGCAGGGGCACUGACCAGGGCUCCGUGGCCAUGAGGCUACAGCAGGAGCUCAUGACCCUCAUGAUGUCAGGUGACAAAGGGAUUUCUGCCUUUCCUGAAUCUGACAACUUUUUCACGUGGGUAGGGACCAUCCAUGGAGCAGCUGGCCCAGGAUAUGAAGACCUGAGGUAUAAGCUCUCCCUAGAGUUCCCUAGCGGUUACCCUUACAACGCACCCACAGUGACAUUCCUCACUCCCUGCUACCAUCCCAACGUGGGCACUCAGGGUAACAUCUGCCCAGACAUGCUGAAGGACAAGUGGUCUGCCCUGUAUGAAGUCAGAACCAUUCUCCUCUCCAUCCAAAGCCUGCUAGGAGAACCCAACAUCGACAGCCCUUUGAACACACACACUGCUGAACUCUGGAAAAGCCCCACAGCCUUUAAGGAGUACCUACAGGAAACCUACUUGAAGCAAGUCACCAGCCAAGAGCCCUGACCCGCUCUGUC